AUGGCCACUGCGACUUCCAAUCCCUAUCUGCCCAGCAAUAGUAUCAUUUCAUCAGGUUCGAUCGUGCACUCGGACUCUGGAGGUGGUGGUAUGCAGCCCAGUAGUGCUGCCGUUACUUCGGUGUCAGGCGGAUACAGGGGAGACCCCACGGCCAAGAUGGUGCAGAGCGACUUCAUGCAGGGAGGCAUGGCGACUAGUAAUGGGGGGCACAUGCUAAGCCAUGCCCACCAGUGGGUUACAUCGCUGCCUCACGCUGCUGCAGCCGCAGCAGCUGCAGCAGCCGCAGCGGCGGCAGAGGCUGGAUCCCCUUGGUCGUCAAGCCCUGUUGGAAUGGCAAGCAGCCCGCAGCAACAGGACGUCAAAAGCAGCUCGAACAGAGAGGACCUACACGCAGGUACAGCACUACACCAUCGGCCUCCACAUCUAGGAGCUCAUCAAACCCACCAAGGGGCGUGGGGAGGCACCACUGCCGCACACAUCCCGACCAUUACCGGAGGACAGCAGCAAUCUCAGCAGUCACUUAUUUAUUCUCAACCGGGUGGGUUUACCGUUAAUGGGAUGUUGAACUCCACUGGGAGUUUGGUUCACCCAGGUUUAGUGAGAGGAGACACCCCAGAGAUGGACCAUGGAAGUCACCAUCAUCACCAUCAUCACCAACAUCCUCACCACCAUCACCAGCAGCACCACGGCGGUAUCAACAGUCACGACUCGCAUUCGGACGAGGACACGCCGACUUCCGACGAUCUAGAGCAAUUUGCCAAACAAUUUAAACAACGUCGUAUCAAACUCGGUUUCACCCAAGCUGAUGUGGGUUUGGCUUUGGGGACUUUGUAUGGAAACGUCUUCUCCCAGACCACGAUCUGUAGGUUUGAGGCACUCCAACUGAGCUUCAAAAAUAUGUGUAAGCUAAAGCCACUUCUGAACAAGUGGUUAGAGGAGGCCGACUCGACCACAGGCAGUCCUACCAGUAUUGACAAAAUAGCAGCUCAAGGCAGGAAGCGAAAGAAGCGUACCUCCAUCGAAGUUAGUGUGAAAGGGGCCCUGGAGAGUCACUUUCUGAAAUGCCCCAAACCUUCAGCUCAGGAGAUUUCUACUCUCGCAGACAACCUGCAGCUGGAAAAAGAAGUUGUUCGAGUCUGGUUCUGCAACCGAAGACAGAAAGAGAAAAGAAUGACACCGCCUGGCGUCGCACAGACACCAGAGGACGUCUAUUCUCAGGUCGGCAACGAGAGUUUUGUGGUAGAUUACUUAAAAGAUGCAAGUUUGAAAGAUGAGUCCAACGACCAGACGGUGACUACGAGCUCAUUUCGUCAGGUAAUUCUGGCGCAUUGA